CCCCGCCUCAUUUUGGAAUUAUUCUGUUUCACUGAUUCUCUACAAUGAAGAAAACUCCCUUCUCUUCUUCUUCUUCUUCUUCUUCUUCUUCUUCGCCUUCCUCUUCCUCCUCCUCUCCCACCAUAACUGUCCUCUUCAGCCGCCACGUCAGCGAUUCUGAUCUGGCUAUUCUUUCUUUUUAAUUUUCCUCAUGCAUCCUUUCUGCUGCGUCUCCACCGUAUCCGAUCACUCUCCUUCUAAACCCUUUCUGUCUCCGAUCCCCAUGUCCGCCGCCACCGCCACUUCCCCUUCCUUCGCCUCUACCAGAUCCGACUCCGUCUCCACCCGAUCUGCUUCCCAAAAAUUCGCCCAUUCUAAUCUCAAUUACACUAACAACAAUCAUAAUCACCAUACUAACACCAACAACUUCUUAAACCACAACGAUGCCAAUCGUCUGAGUCAGAGAGGAUUGUCUUCGGCUUCCACUUUGACGGCCGCGUCUGCGUCUGGCAGGGAGCCUCCCGUAGAUGUCAAAAUAAACGACAUCGUUGGGAAUGGGAUAUCUGGAAUACUCUACAAGUGGGUCAAUUACGGGAAAGGAUGGAGGCCUCGGUGGUUCGUUUUGCAGGACGGUGUAUUGUCCUAUUACAAGAUUCACGGUCCCGAUAAGAUUUUCGUUAGCCCCGAGACUGAGAAAGGAUCCAAAGUUAUCGGGGACGAGUCCAUGCGGAUCAUCUCUAGACAUAAGCAUGUCAAUGGCAAUCCUCAACAUCGCCGCAAGCCCUUCGGUGAAGUCCAUCUAAAGGUUUCUUCAAUCCGCGAGAGCAGAUCAGAUGACAAGAGAUUCUCGAUUUUCACUGGAACGAAGAGGCUCCAUUUGCGUGCGGAAACACGCGAUGAUCGCGUCGCUUGGAUGGAGGCGUUGCAGGCGGUAAAAGACAUGUUCCCGAGGAUAUCCAACAGCGAGCUGAUGGCUCCUACUUGCAACAUUACGAUCUCUACGGAGAAGCUGAGAAAGCGGCUGAUGGAUGAGGGCGUGAGCGAGGCGGCUAUACAAGACAGCGAGCAGAUUAUGCGGAGCGAGUUCACAGCGCUACAGAACCAGCUGGUGUUGCUCAAGCAGAAGCAGUGCCUCCUCAUCGACACGCUCAGGCAGUUAGAGACAGAAAAGGUUGAUCUGGAAAAUACAGUAGUUGAUGAGAGCCAAAGGCAAGUUGGUGAUCAAGGGGUUUCUAGUCAGUUGCGGCUUGACAAAUCUAGUGAAGGUAGUGUAACCGAGUCAGAUGAUGACAAUGAAAGAGUAGAUGCCGCAGAGGAAGAGACCGACGAUGAAGAAAAUACAUUUUUUGAUACUCGUGACUUUCUGUCAUCAAGUUCAUUUAAAAGUAGUGGAUCUGGUUUUAGGACAUCAUCCUUCUCUUCAGAUGAAGAAGGGUUUACUGUAGUUGAGUCUGAAGACGAUGUGGAUCCUUCAAUUAGAUCCGUUGGGUUCAACUAUCCUUACAUUAAGCGCCGUAAAAAAUUGCCUGAUCCAAUUGAGAAAGAAAAAGGUGUCAGUCUUUGGUCGAUGAUCAAGGAUAAUAUUGGGAAGGAUCUCACAAAAGUUUGUCUUCCUGUUUACUUCAAUGAGCCCCUCUCUUCUCUGCAGAAGUGUUUUGAAGAUCUGGAAUAUUCAUAUCUCCUUGACAGAGCGUAUGAAUGGGGAAGAAGGGGUAAUAGCCUCAUGAGAAUUCUUAAUGUGGCUGCUUUUGCUGUAUCCGGAUAUGCUUCAACUGAAGGAAGAAUUUGCAAGCCAUUUAAUCCAUUAUUAGGAGAAACCUAUGAAGCAGACUAUCCAGAUAAAGGCGUUCGGUUUUUCUCUGAGAAGGUUAGUCAUCAUCCAAUGAUUGUAGCAUGUCACUGUGAGGGCACUGGAUGGAAAUUCUGGGGGGAUAGCAAUCUGAAGAGCAAAUUUUGGGGUAGAUCAAUCCAGCUUGACCCAGUAGGUGUUUUGACUUUAGAGUUUGAUGACGGAGAAAUUUUUCAGUGGAGUAAGGUUACAACAUCAAUAUACAACCUCAUACUGGGUAAGCUGUAUUGUGAUCAUUAUGGCACAAUGCGCAUUGAGGGCAAUCGUGAUUAUUCAUGUAAGCUGAAAUUCAAGGAGCAGUCAAUUAUUGAUCGAAAUCCUCACCAGGUCCAUGGUAUAGUUCAAGAUCAAAAUGGAAAGACGGUGGCAACCCUAUUUGGAAAAUGGGAUGAAAGCAUGCAUUUUGUUUAUGGCGACUGUUCAGGGAAGGGAAAGGGACACGAGUCUCUCUCAGAAGCCCAUUGCCUCUGGAAACGAAGCAAGCCUCCUGAAUUUCCAACUAGAUAUAAUUUAACACGCUUUGCCAUCACAUUGAAUGAGCUCACUGCUGGGCUAAAGGAAAAAUUGCCACCUACUGAUUCAAGGCUUAGACCAGAUCAACGGCAUUUGGAAAGUGGGGAGUUUGAAAUGGCAAAUUCAGAGAAAUUGCGCCUAGAACAGCGGCAACGGCAGGCACGGAAGAUGCAAGAGAGAGGUUGGAAGCCUAUGUGGUUUGAGAAGGAUAAAGGAAGUGGCACAUACCGUUAUAUCGGCGGGUAUUGGGAAGCCAGAGAAGAGGGGAAAUGGGAUUCAUGUCCGGACAUUUUUGGCCAAAUUCCUUCGGAUCAGAUGUUAGACUGAAUUGAAAUAUUACAUUUACCAUGCUUUCUAAUUCUUUUUUCCUUCCCCUUUUCUCCAUUUUUUACGGGGUAGUGGCAAAAGACUGCUGAUAUGAGCAGUUGGAAAGGUGCCUCUCCCGUGUUAUCCUUGUAAGUGAAAGUAGAAGGCGUUUGCAGGUAAUAAUAAAAGAGAAAUUUUUUUUU